AGCUCACAAACAUGAACGAGGUAAUCACAAAAGUUAGUUUAUGUAUGUCAUAAACUAACAUGAGUCACUCUCAGAGUCCGAGAUAAUAAUACUUUUUGCUGCUCUUCUAUUACCGCGCCAAUUGUGGCGAGUAGUAUGGCGAGAGCAGUGUUGCGCGACCGCGACUCCGCGCGCGGAUAUAUACCGCGCCGCCAGACACUGCACAUCACUCAUCCACUGUCGCCGACCGCAGACAACAACAUGAGAGCUUUUGUAUUAAUCUGCACUCUGGUGGCGCUCGCCUCAGCCGGCGAUGUCCGUGAGAAGCGCGGCUUCCUCGGCGGAUACAGCGGUGGGAUCGGAUACGGCGGCGGAUAUGGCGGAUACAGUGGCGGAUAUGGCGGUUACGGAGGUGGACUCGGUGGUAUCGGGUACAGCAGCUACUCCGCUCCCGCUGUGGUCUCCGUCAACAAGGUCGUGAACGUCCCCAGAGUAGUUAGUGUACCCCAGGUCGUAUCUGUCAACAAGGUAGUCUCCCAGCCUCAGGUGGUCACUGUCAAUAAAGUUAUCUCCAGCGGUAUCGGUGGAUACGGCGGCGGAUUCGGUGGGUACAGUGGCGGAUACGGAGGAUACAGUGGCGGAUACAGUGGUGGAUACGGAGGCGGAUACGGUGGCGGAUACGGAGGCGGAUACGGCGGCGGAUACAGCAGUGGAUGGUGGUGAACACUCUAGUCAGCUUAGUGUUCUAAUUUAAUUAUUGUAAGAAUACGUGUACCUGAAAUCUAAAUAUAAACAUAAAUUUUA